AUGUCUUAUGAAACAUUAUUAGGAAUUAAUAGUAAUAAUAAUAAUAAUAAUAGUAAUAAUAGUAAUUCCGAUGCUUAUAUAAAUGAUUAUAAUCAACAACCACCACCACCACCACCACCUCCCUUGAAUAAUCAAUUUGAUUUUGAAAAUACUGACGAUUUUUUAUAUUCAAUUAGUAGUGUUUUGCCAACAAAUUCAACGAGUAACUUUAACAAUUUUAAUAAUUUAGAUUCAAAUUACAAUAUUAAUAAUUUAAUUUAUUCUCCUUUAUCUUCGAACGAAGAUGAUUUUAUUAUACAACAACAACAAUUGAGUGAUAAUAAUUUGGUCAAUAAUGAUGAUGAUAAUAAUAAUGAUAAUAAUAAUAAUAAUAAUAUUAAUAAUGGUAAUAAUAAUAUCAAUAUUAAUGAUAAUUUUGAAAUUGAAGAUCAACAACGUUCAAGUUCAACUACUUCAACAGAACAAAUUAGUCCGAUAUCAAAUUCAAGCAAUUAUACAUCUCCAGAACCUCCAAUAGAGAAAAUUUCAAAACCAAUUAAUAAUAUUAAAAAACCGUCUAAAAUUACUAAAACCACCAAAAAUAAAACUACUCAUAAUAUGAUUGAAAAGAAAUAUAGAACUAAUAUUAAUUCAAAAAUAUUAGCCUUGAGAGAUGCUGUUCCAAGCUUAAGAAUAGCUGCUGGUUGUAAUGAUUUAACUAUUGCCGAUUUAGAAGGUUUAACUCCUGCUUCAAAAUUAAAUAAAGCAAGCGUAUUAACUAAAGCAACUGAAUAUAUUAAACAUUUGGAAAAUAAAAAUGAAAUUUUGAAGAAUCAAAAUUCAGAAUUGAUUAGAAUUAUACAACAAGCAAAUUUAAGUGUUCCACAACAAGUUCAACAAGUUCAACAACAACAACAACAACAACAACUUCCUUCAAGAGAAUGUGGUUUUUAUCCACCUCAACAACAUUUCAAUACUACUUUACAACAAAGUCAAUCAACAUCAGAAUCACCACAACAAUCUCAACAAAGUGGUAAAGGUCCUAAUAAAUUAUUACUUGGUGGAAUGGCUGCUGUUAUGGCUACUUCAUUAUUUGGAGGUAGUGGAGAAAAUGAUUUCAAAAGUUUAUCAAGUAUUCCAUUUGUUCCAUUUUUACCAGUAUAUCAAUUUUGGAAAAUAACUAAAAUAAUAUUAAUAUUAUCAGCAUUGGCUAGUAUAUUAAUAGAAUUCAAGAAAGUGACAAAUAAAUCAAAGAAAAAUAAACCUGCAAAUCCUUUAGAAUUUUUAAAUUUCAUUUUAAUUGUCAUGGGUUUUAAAUUACCAAAUAUAUUGACAAAAGAGAAACAAGAUGAUAUAUUAUACACGUUAACUAAUGGUCAAGGUGAUUACAAAACAUUAAUUUCACAAUAUUUUUAUUUAUACAGUUGUGAGUUAAAAUUUGAAAGUACUUUUUUACUUUUAUUAAUUGCAGCUAUCCUUAAACAAAAAUAUAAAUUUGCAUCACCUAUUAUAUCUCAUGCAAUGAAUUUAAAAGCAAACUUAAUUACAAAUUUAAAAUAUAAUGGUGAAUCAAAGGAUUUAAUUAAAUUGAAUCAAUUAAUUGGUAAAAUUGAUGGUAUUGCUUUAUUUGGAGAUAAAAAUUUAAUAACCAGAUUCGUUAAUAUUUUUAAUGGAUUGUCAAUUAAUUACAAUGUUUCAAAUGAUGUUAAUUUUGUUAAAUAUGUUGAUUAUUUUCAAAAUAGUAAAAAUUGUUUUGAAUUGAUUGUAAAUUUCAGAAUUUUAAAUAUACUUGAUAGUUUAACCAUAAAUUAUUUAUCCAAUUUUAAAAAAGAAUCAAAAUCAAUUUAUAUAGAUUUGAAAAUAUUAGAUAUUUUCAGUCUGGAUUUAAUAAUCAAGAAAGAAAUUGAUUUAUUUAAAGCUAUACUUGUUGAAAAUAAUUCACAUUAUUUACUUGAAGAAUUAAAAUCAAGAGUAGAAACAGAUUUGGAAAGUUUUAAAAUUGAAGAAGAAGAAGAAGAAGAAGAAGAAGAAGAAGAAGAAGAGGAUGAAAAUCAUUCUUUAAAACCUUAUAAAAGUUUAAUUUCCAGUUUAAAUUUGAUUGACAAAUCAGAAUUUAUCGUUGUUGUAUGUUCAUCAAUUUUAUAUUAUUAUCAAAAUGAUGAAAUUGAAAAAGUUGUAAAAUUGCUCAAUUAUAUUAAUCUUUCAGAUUCAGCAAAUAUUGAUUUAAUUUCAUUUACUGCAUUGUAUAAACUAGUGAAUAUUUUAAAAAUUCAAGAUAAUCAAGUAUUAGAUAAUAUAAUUAAAUAUUUAAGAAGAUGGUUAAAUUAUAAAUUAUUACCGAAUGAAUUAAAUGAAAUAUUGAUUAAGAAUGUAGUUAAAAAAGGUAUGAUUUUGAAUGGUAUUGAUUUAGUUGAAAAUGACGAUGACGAUGAUGAUGAUGAUGAUGAUGAUGAUGAUGAUGAUGAUGAAUAA